AUGUGGGGGGUUUCCAGCCACCUGGAUAUGGUGGAGAAAGCUCUUCACGAGAGUUUGACACCGUCUGAAUAUUCCCUUCAUUAUUUAAAGCCCUCAUCAUUUGGAGCGUUUAAAACUUAUGACGGAAUUAAAGUCAAUGGUGAUCGGGUGCUUAAGGAGAUCUUCAAUGAGAUCGAAACAUUGAAGAGCGAUAGAAAUGUCACCAUAACUAAGAUUAGCGUUGUCGGAUACAGUCUGGGAGGCUUGAUCGCUCGGUAUUGCAUUGGUAAGCUGUACGAGGUUGAAUUUUUUGAUACAAUCGAACCUGUUUUGUUCAGUACUUUUGCCACACCUCAUCUCGGAAUUCGGUUCUUCAAAACUUCCCGGUUCUUGGAUCGAUUGAUGAACUUCCUUGGCAGCAGACUGGUUGGACAAUCGGGAAGAGAUCUAUUUAUUCAUAAUUCCGACUUGUUGCCCGAGAUGACUAGCAAAUCAAGCACCUACUAUAAAGGUCUCAAGCUGUUCAAGUUUAGGAUCUUGCUGGCCAACGUCCGCAACGACAGACUGGUGAGCUUCUCCACAUCCUAUAUCAGCAACUAUAACGCAUUUGAGAACUGGGAAAACUUGGACAUCAGCUUCAUAUCUGGGCUCCCCCCUGCAAAGCUUCUCGGCAAGGAACAGGUCGCAAGAGUUGUUGAUUUGAAAAACACUGUCUACAACCCCGAUGUGCUGCAGUCCCCGAUACCUGAUUCGUUCCAUCGGACUCGGCAAAUCGCUAUUGUGGUCGUGAUCCUUAUUCUUCCGAUCGUGUUCCCGGUUAUAUUUGUUGCUAGCGUGUUUGGAACCAUAAAAAGCGCCAUUAGAAAGUCGUUUAUUUCCGACUUCAACGUUGGUGAGGCGUGGAAAUCUGUCCUUUCUCGCUUAUCUUCCAACAAACCGCAGCACCAUGACAGCGUGCACGAGCACAGAGAUGUGAUCGCCGGCGCCACGCAGAACUUGGUUGAAAACACGCUACAGACCUUGGAGUCCGAGUCUCCGCCAGACGUCGAGUCUCCACCGGCUUCGAGACAAGCCCCAGAGCAGGAGAAACCUAAAGACCCCAAGGAUGUUGCUGUCGACUACGAUUUCGACAAGGCAGUUGAAAUCAUUCCUAGUUUGGAACAGAGACUGAAUGUCAGUUCGAUUAGCAGUCUUGAGGUCGCAAAGCACCUGGACGCAUUGCCUUACGACGAAAUAAAAGCUACAAUGUGCUCCAACUUGAACGAGCUGGAUUGGAUCAAACUUCCGGUGUAUGUGCGUUCUCUCAAUGCCCACGAGGGAAUUGUUGCUAGACGUGGAUUCAAAAGGGUUACCGCCGGAGCUCCAUUGCUUUAUCUAUGGGUCCUGGAGCUUCACGUAGUUGGCAGGGAACAGUCCUCUUUGACCGUUGACGGAUCCCAACCACCAGUCGUCAUCAACCUGUUCAAUGUCGGUGAUCAAGUCCUGUUCGCUGAAAGUGAUCUCAUUGUCUUCGGUAGCUUCGUAGUCGUACUCAGCAACGGCAGUGAGACCUGGAGCAGCUUCUGGUUCUGGUUCUGGAUCUGGUUCGGCAGCAGGUUCUGGAGCAGACUCCUUUUUAGAGUCCUCGUUCAAGGUGACGUACGUCGAAGGGAACAGACCAGACUUGCCAGCCGCGUUGGUUCCGAGCCACCAAUCCUCGUCCACGAACUUGAUCUCAACAAUGGUCUCACCUUCAGCGAAGCCGAUCUCGUUGUCCUCAGAUGCCUCGUAGUCGUAUUCAGCCACAGCCAUGGUUCAGGCUCUUGUUCCUCCUCUUCCUCUUCCUCUUCCUCUUCUUCAGGUUCUUCCUGUUUAGGAACGCUUCUCACUGGCGGUGGAGGGAAAGACGAUCUGACUGGAGGAGGAGGGAAGGAGGUGGACUUUGGCUCUGCUUUUGGUUCGUCCGCAACCUUCAAAGCCUCGAAUUUGGACUUGACGUCACCAACAUCGACCUCUGACUCGUCAGGGGUUUCGGCAUUGACAGGCUUGGAAUCGUGUCCAAGAUCCUUGUACUGGCCCUUCUUCUCGGCCCAGAUUUGGGCAGGAGUCUUUCCGUUGGUGGAACCAAAGUUUCUGCUCAGUCCACCAGAAGGGUGUUCCUCCUUAGGAGGAGCACCGAAAGCUGGCUUGGAGCCGAAUGAUGGCUGA